GGAGCAGGGACACGGACGUCCGGCCGAGGAGUGGGGUGAGCGGGGGGCCGGCGGGGCAGCUGCGGGACGCGCUUUCCGCGUCGCGGCAUUAACGUGGCACCUCGGACCAUCGUGGCGCUUGCCCGCAGCAGCCUCGCGGUACCCCGCGCUUCCAAAGGUUUGGGGAGCCGUGCGGCGCAGCUGGCCCGGGUCGGGGUCCCCAGCCCCGGGGUCCUCCAGGCCUCCUGAGCCCCGCAAGCUCGCGGCGCUGGGGCCGGACUACAGUCUCCAGAGUGCCCCGCGGCGCGGGCGGAGCCGCGAGCGCCCGCAGCCAAUUAGGGGGUCUCGGGGCAACGGGGAGCAGGUGGAGCCGGCGGGGGCGCGUCCCUGCGGGUGGGCGGGCGAGCGGUGGGGCCGGACGGAGGGGCGGGGCUGCGUUCCGAGAGCUCCCGGCGCGGCCCAGGGCGCACUUGACCGCGCGCUGCGCUGCGGGAAAGGGCGGCUCCGGGAAACCGCGCGUCCCCCGCCAGAGCCGGCAUGGCCUUCGCCAAUUUCCGCCGCAUCCUGCGUCUGUCCACCUUUGAGAAGAGAAAGUCCCGCGAAUAUGAGCACGUCCGCCGCGAUCUGGACCCCAACGACGUGUGGGAGAUCGUGGGCGAGCUGGGCGACGGUGCCUUCGGCAAGGUCUACAAGGCCAAGAACAAGGAGACCGGUGCCUUGGCCGCAGCCAAAGUCAUUGAGACCAAGAGUGAGGAGGAGCUAGAGGACUACAUCGUGGAGAUUGAGAUCCUAGCCACCUGUGACCACCCAUACAUCGUGAAGCUCCUGGGAGCCUACUACUAUGAUGGGAAGCUGUGGAUCAUGAUCGAGUUCUGCCCUGGUGGAGCCGUGGAUGCCAUCAUGCUGGAGCUGGACCGAGGCCUCACAGAACCCCAGAUUCAGGUCGUGUGCCGCCAGAUGCUGGAGGCCCUCAACUUCCUGCACAGCAAGAGGAUCAUUCACCGUGACCUAAAAGCUGGCAACGUGCUUAUGACCCUCGAGGGGGACAUCAGACUGGCUGACUUUGGUGUGUCAGCCAAGAAUCUGAAAACUCUGCAAAAACGAGAUUCCUUCAUAGGAACGCCUUACUGGAUGGCCCCAGAGGUUGUGCUCUGCGAGACUAUGAAGGACACCCCCUACGACUACAAAGCUGACAUCUGGUCCCUGGGUAUCACGCUGAUUGAGAUGGCGCAGAUUGAGCCCCCACACCACGAGCUCAACCCCAUGCGUGUCCUGCUCAAGAUUGCCAAGUCAGACCCUCCCACGCUGCUCACCCCCUCCAAGUGGUCUGUGGAGUUCCAAGACUUCCUAAAGAUAGCGCUGGAUAAGAACCCAGAAACCCGGCCCAGCGCUGCGCAGCUGCUGGAGCACCCCUUCGUCAGCAGCAUCACCAGUAACAAGGCUCUUCGGGAGUUGGUGGCUGAGGCCAAGGCUGAGGUGAUGGAGGAGAUUGAGGAUGGCCGGGAAGAUGGAAAGGAUGAUGGGGAAGAGGAGGACACUGUGGAUGCUGCCUCUCCCAUGGGCAACCAUACUCAGGACUCUGCUGAUGCAACUCAGCCAAGCCACAACGCUGACAAGGACUCACAGGCCCCGAUGCCUCCCAGCCAGCCUCAGGAACCUGUGAAUGGGCCCUGCAGCCAACCCUCAGAGGAUAAAUCUCUCCAAACCACCAGCCUUGCAAUUGGGGCCUCCAGCAAUGAGAAUGGCUUAAAGGUGCCUGCUCCCCUCCGAAAGUCCCGACCAGUAUCCAUGGAUGCCAGAAUUCAUUUGGCUGAAGAGAAGCAAGUCACUGACCAGGCUGGGGACCUCAGUCCAGCAGCCAGUAGAUCCCAAAAGGCGAGCCAGAGCCGGCCCAACAGCAGUGCCCUGGAGACCUUGGGUGGCGAGAAAUUGGCGAAUGGUGGCCUAGAGCUCCCCAGCCUGGUAGCUCCAAGCCAUUCUAAGAGGGCCUCAGACUGUGGCAGCCUGUCCACUUCUGAGAGCACGGACUACAGCACCUCCCUGUCCACCGACCUGUCCCUGAACAAAGAGUCUGGAUCACUGUCCCUCAAGGACUUAAGGCUACACAACAAGACCCUGAAGCGGACCCGCAAGUUUGUGGUAGACGGUGUGGAGGUUAGCAUCACCACCUCCAAGAUCAUCAGUGAGGAUGAGAAGAAGGACGAGGAGAUGAGAUUUCUCAGGCGCCAGGAACUUCGAGAACUUCGGCUUCUCCAGAAAGAAGAACAUCGGAACCAGACCCAGCUGAGCAGCAAGCAUGAGCUGCAGUUGGAGCAAAUGCACAGACGCUUUGAACAGGAAAUCAACGCCAAGAAGAAAUUCUUUGACACAGAGUUGGAAAACCUGGAGCGGCAGCAGAAGCAGCAGGUGGAGAAGAUGGAGCAGGACCACAGCGUGCGGCGCCGAGAGGAAGCCAAGCGGAUCCGCCUGGAGCAGGAUCGGGACUACGCCAAGUUCCAGGAGCAGCUCAAGCUGAUGAAGAAAGAGGUGAAGAGCGAGGUUGAGAAACUCCCCCGGCAGCAGCGAAAGGAGAGUCUGAAGCAGAAGAUGGAGGCGCACUCGCAGAAAAAGCAGCUUCUUGACCGGGACUUUGUAGCCAAGCAGAAGGAGGACCUGGAGCUGGCCAUGAAGAGACUCACCACGGAAAACAGGCGGGAAAUCUGUGACAAGGAGCGAGAGUGCCUCAGCAAGAAGCAGGAGCUCCUUCGAGACCGGGAGGCAGCCCUGUGGGAGAUGGAGGAGCGCCAGCUGCAGGAGCAGCACCAGCUGGUGAAGCAGCAGCUCAAGGAUCAGUACUUCCUGCAGCGACAUGAGCUGCUUCGGAAGCACGAGAAGGAACGAGAACAGAUGCAGCGCUACAACCAGCGCAUGAUGGAGCAGCUGAAGGUCAGGCAGCAGCAGGAGAAGGCUCGGCUGCCCAAGAUCCAGAGGAGUGAUGGCAAGACGCGCAUGGCCAUGUACAAGAAGAGCCUACACAUAAACGGUGCAGGCAGUCCGGCUGAGCAGCGUGAGAAGAUCAAGCAGUUUUCCCAGCAGGAGGAGAAGAGGCAGAAGGCAGAGCGGCUGCAACAGCAGCAGAAACACGAGAACCAGAUGCGGGACAUGGUGGCGCAGUGCGAGAGCAACAUGAGCGAGCUGCAGCAGCUGCAGAAUGAAAAAUGCCACCUCUUGGUGGAGCAUGAAACCCAGAAGCUGAAGGCCCUGGAUGAGAACCAUAACCAGAGCCUGAAGGAAUGGCGGGACAAGCUUCGGCCCCGCAAAAAGGCCCUGGAAGAGGAUUUGAGCCAGAAGAAGAAGGAACAGGAAAUGUUCUUCAAACUGAGUGAGGAAGCAGAGCCCGGACCCACCACACCCAACAGAACCACCAAAUUCUUUCCCUACAGCUCUGGGGAUGCUUCCUAACACCCUGACUCCAUCCCUGGCUGUGGUGGGCACCAUGGUGAUGUGGUCACCAGAGCCUUCUAUACUCCAGAAGUGACUCAGGACUGCUUCUCGCUUGCUUCUGUGCCAGUGUGAACCCAGCCCCUUGGCCCGCAGUGUCCCAGCUGUCCAUGGAGCUGCCCUGGUGCUUCUCAAUUCUUAAUCACUCAUGGAGAAUAAGGUGUCAUUGUGUGUCACCUGAGGAUAAUGGAUGUCCUCAUUAGGGCCCAGACCCCAUCACCUGGAAGUGAUUUGGGCUGUGGCCAGGAGGGAUUGGGUGUGCCCCUCCUGUUUGCCAAACACCAGCUCUGCUGUCUGUGGGCACAAACACUGCCAGUGAUGUCACCAAGCACUCAUCCUUACCGUAAUCCUUGUGGUUUUCAGCAGCUCCCUGUGGUGUCAGACAACAUUCCUCAGCCAUUUCAGCUCUCAGCAGCCAGCUGCUCAGAGUACCCUUAUGCCCCUGCUUCCCGAAGCUUGCUAUAUGCUGGUACUGUGUAUGUAGGGGUGGGGGUGGGGAAAGGGAGGCAGAAACAUUCAUUCUGCUGGUUUCCAACAUCUCAUGCCAUCUUGCUUCUCUGUGUGUACAUGCGUACACACACAUACAUGCAACCCCUCCCCCAAACAUACACACAUGCACAUAUAGCUUGGUCCCUGGACACUGCACAGACUGCCUCUCCCUCACCGCCUAUGCUCAGGUGAAUUGGAAUCUUCUUGCUGCCUGAGCCUGGGCCACUGAGCAUGUCAUGGUGGGGACUAGAGCUCAGAGAAGAUACUGACUGUACUGCCAGUCUGCAACCCAUUUGGCCCCACAUAGGAAUCUCUAUUCAGUGAUAAAUUCCCCUCCCCACCUGACUUCUGAAGCCCAACAUGUACACAUCUCACACUUGCUCACCCAUUUGUGGACGCCAGAGGAAGGCUCUUGUCCUUUGCCCCAGCCCUAUUCAGAAGUCUCGCUGUACAUUUCAAACCAAGCCUGGCAGUCACUUGGACUUCUUUUCAGAAAGAAAUGAUUCCUACCUUCAGGAACAUGCAGAAGUGAAGGUGCUGUGCCACCUGUGGGUUCACGGGCCUUUAGGUUGCUCAGUUGGUUUCCCAAGAUGCUGAGCUCCACAGGCUGCCAAGCACGUACAACCCAAUAAAAGUAGUUGUGCUCCCAGCCUGUGUGCACUUACAAAGUAAACCUUUGUUGACCCUGGUGUAAAUGGCUGACUGCUUCAGGAAGAUGACUACUUUUUAAAAAGCCAUCUCCCUCAUUUUUAAUCCCAGCACUCAGGAGGCAGAGGCAGGCAGGUCUCUGAGAUCAAGACUGGCCUGGUCUACAUAGGGAGCUCUAGGCCAGCCCAGGGUUACAUAGUGAGGCUAUCUCAAAAAAAAUAAAUAAAUAAAUAAAAAUAAAAAUUAAAAAAACACCCCUCACCAUGGUGGUGAUGAUGAGGAAGAGAAGAACUUUAAAGGCAGUUGAGUCUAUUGAUGGGUGGCUGUGACCCCGGAAGGACUUCACUCCUAAAGUCUACAACCCAAUAGGAAAGCAAUCCCCUGGAGGUUUUCCCAGGUUGUAACUGGGUUUCUGGGAGAGGGUAGGCUAGAAAAAUAGGAAAAGGGGUCUUGGGGCUCCCAGAUCUUCAGUGUGCAAUCCAGGAACAUGCAAGUCCCCAGAGAAGUGGGAGGCCUCUUGCCUUCAGCUCCCGCACUGAUGAGUCAUGCCUAACAGUUGCCUUCAUCGUCUCUGGUGCAUGAGGGCUGGGAAACAUGAACUGGCAGAGCACACCUGCAGAACCCAGACCCAUUCCCCAGAGAUGGCAAGUGGAUGAGGUCAACAUGGGCAGAUGGUGAUCUAGGGCUGCUUCUGCCAUUGUUUACAGUAUCUGCUGUUUUACAGUCAGGCACUUGAUAAUGAGUAUUAGGCAAAAUGCCAGCGUUGUGGUUCAGGUGAAAGUCUGAUCAUUCCCUGAUUUGUCUUGUCAUUCACCCUGUUCUUCAUGGGAUCCUUCCUUGCUUAGUGCCACCUGAGCCCGAGUAGCUCUGCUCUGCCUUUUUGGGUGGGGUGUGGCCUGGCCUCCCAGCCCCACAAUUUAGCUUACCCAUCGCCGAGAAGGCCCUUGCAGUAUUCCUUGUACCCUGUGCUAAUGGACAGGCGGAAUUGUUUCUCCUUUUCGGUCCAUUUUUAGCAGAGUGAAUAUAACUAACUUAUAUUUCCCCUUAUGAAGGAUAGAAGUUAUUUUUAUGUAGUUUCCAAACUACAUCAAACUUUUGUAAACUGUUCUCUGCAAACAAAAAAAUGUAAAUAUGCUUCUAAUAAAAUAACAAGGUACCUGCA